AUGAAGAAUAACGCAGAAAAGAAGAGAAGAGAUCUGCAGUUUGAGGUGGGAGCAUUCGUCUUUCUUAAGCUGAGACCUUAUAGACAACAGUCCGUGACAAAAAGAGUAUGCCAGAAGUUAGCAGCUCGUUACUAUGGUCCUUAUGAGGUUCUGGCUAAGAUUGGUGCAUCAGCUUACCGUUUGCGAUUGCCUUCUGAGUCUAAGAUCCAUCCAGUGUUUCAUGUUUCUCAAUUGAAACCGGUUUUGGGACAAGGUCAUGUGGUGAAUCCUUUACCCUCUGUUUUUUCUGCUAAUAACGAACUUAUUGUGGAACCUGAAUCGGUGUUGGAUUCACGAUACAAUGAUGAUGGUCAUUUGGAAGUUUUACUGUCUUGGAAAGAUUUACCAGAUCAUGAAAAGACAUGGGUUCGUAUGAGUGAAGCUUUACAGCAAUUUCCAGAUUCCAAGCUUGGGGACAAGCUGCGUCUUCGCCAUGGGGGUAUUGAUAAACCAUUAAGAGGUUACAUAAGGAAAAAGAGGAAAGAGAAUGCAGAAAAAGGGAAUGUUCAAACCGACUUUGCUCAUGGAGAAGGAAGAAGUCGGGUUGAAGAGCACUUGAAGAAAAGGAAAGUCCUUGCUAUGGAAGACCAUGCAUCGCAAUUUGAUGGCUCAUAUGACCCUGAUGGAGAGAAUUCCUAUGGAUCCAAACAAAUCCAUGUUUCCAUUGAUUAUUUACGGAGGAAAUCGCCGUACUUGUUCGUGAGGAAAGAGGGCGACGGGAAGGAAGUUCUGAGGGAGCAAAGUGGUAGCGACGAAAGAGUAAGGCGAUCUGGAUGUUGCCCUUUAUAG